AUGAACGCCGCGGAUCGCCGCCGCUACCAGAGCCGCACUCAGCAGUUCCUCACGUUCGCCGCCGUUAUCGCGAGCAAGAACGGCAUCUUCACUCUGCCUCGACUCCUCUUCAUCCACGGCGGAGCCCCAUUCGUGAUCGCCUACACGACGCUCACGGUGAGCGUGGCGAUCCCAGUGAUGCAACUGGAGAGCGUGCUCGGCCAGUUCACGGGUGCCGGAAACAUCGGAAUCUUCGACACUGUGCCGGGCAUGCGGGGACUGGGCCACACGAUGACCUUCUACUUCACGCUUGGCAUGACCAUCUUCGUGACUGAGUGCUCCUACUCGACCGUGUUCCUGGCCAGCCUGUUUCGGUCUACUCUGCCGUGGGCCGACUGCAGUCACUUCCGGCCCUCGGACUCGUGCUACGUGCCCAUGAGGAAAAUGGUGCUCUGCAGCAGCGUGCAGGAACACAUAAUGCAGCGCUACCCGCACUCGCGCGAGACGCAGGGGAGGCCGGUCACGAACGGCUCGACCACGCUGCUCGUCCCCGAGUCCGUCUACAGCAACUUCAGCGCGGUCGGCUGCGACAACGGGACGCAGAGCGCUACUCGUCUCUUCUUCGACUCCAGGGUUCUCCGGCUAUCGGCGGACGGCCACGACGUGGUUCACCCGGAGAUAGCCAUCGCGAUGGCGGCUCUCUGGCUCCUCGUCUUCGCCGCCACCAGAAACGGCCUGCAGAACGCCGAAUACGCAGUGUACGUUAUCGCUUCCCUGACCAUCACUACGCUGAUACUGAUGCUCGUGAAUUCUUUAGCACUAAAGUACAGUGAUCGCGGAAUGAAUCUCUUAGUUAGGGCACCGCUGUCAGGAGUCGUCAGCUACGAACUUUGGCGGGACGCACUGAAGGUGACAAUAAGCAACAUCGGCAUCUUCAGCGGCGGAUUCCUGAGCGUCGCGCGCUUCAAUAUAUUCAAGACCAAGAUAGGAACAUUUUCAACCAUCGUAGCUCUAAUGCAACUGAUAUCUUCGCUACUCUACGGACUCCUCUUCUACGCGCACGUUGGCUUUCUGUCUUCUGUUAAGGACACGGACAUUGAGCACAUCUUGGAAAGCGUAGAUAUCGAGCAUGUGAUAAUGCCCGAGACCCUCACAAUCUUGGAUACGACGCGGUUCUGGUGCACAGUGUAUUUCACCUGGUUGUUAGCUAACGCCCUCGGAUACAUGAUGAUAGGUCCUGAAGUUGUUCUCGAAGCUGUCGUGUUUGAAUUUCCAGGAUUUGCAAAGUUUCGGAACGAGCUGCGUCUAGCUGCCUGCUUCUGCUUCUACUUUCUCGGACUUUGUCUGACCACUACCUCUGGUCCACAUAUUAUCAAGCUGCUGCUGCCUAACAUUGAUGUUAUUGCCGCGCUGUCUCUUUUGUUAGAAGUACUGGUCAUUGUGCGGAUUUACGGUAUUCACCGCGUCAUGGUGGACUAUCACACAAUGACGGGUCACUAUCCGAGCCUAAUGACGCGAUUAUCCUGGACCUUUGGAGUACCUCUUCAACUAACCAUGCUGCUGGUGAUUGAAGUAGUGCAGCCAUCCCCAGAAGCUUACAGGGGCGUUCACUUUAGCUACUUCGCUAAACUGUUUGGAAUCUGGAUCAUCGUGGCUGCAGUCAGUUUCAUUCCUACAUACCUCUUCGCCCUUCUCACGGUCCACCCGUGGGAAAAGAUCAUGGCACCAGCAAUGACGUGGUUACCCGAGGACAAGGCGGCCAAUCGCGAGUACCGAGCUCUGCUGCGAGAGUGUGGCUACGCGUCGAGAAAGGGGCGAUCCUUGAGCGCCCUGCCUGACCAGCCGAGCCUUGCCACAAGCGGCCAAGGUAGCGUCGCUGUUGGAGCGAGUCGUGGCGAGACCGUGACCGUGGCGGAGACGAUAGACCCACGCGAGAUGGUGGGCACCACGGAGCGGUCGGUCUCGUUCGCCCCCGACGUGAUAACGACGCCCCGCUACAGCGAGAACUUCAACGAGCUCCUCGACCAGCAGUUCGGACUCCACUCAUCGCGGGCCCCAUCCCGAGAUGCGACCUCGGAAGCCGGCUUGCUGGACGACGCUUCUUCAACCAUUCAGAUUAAGCUACCUCAAUACGAAACCAACAUCGACGCCGUACCGGUAUCGGUAUUUGCCAAGGAGGACGUUGAAGAGAUUAGAAAGAUUAUCGGCAAUGUCCACACCGCGUUGGGCACUCUCUCCCCAAGAGACGCCGGCUUUGCUGAGAAAAUAGCUCUAGGCAACUGCGAAUCUGGAAAGCGCGAUGCGCAGUUACCGCUAGCGAACAAUACCAAGAAAGCGGCAGACAAAGGGGAGAGAAGGCGUAGUUCCACUGCUGCUGCUGUGGCGCUUCCACUGCCUCCGGUGCGACCGCCAGAAGGCGACGCCAGGAUUGCGAAGGACGCGGCAAAGAAAAGGGACAGAAAACAAAGCGCCGUACCGCUUCCACCGGCUGCAGUGCUGCAUCUACCCGAAUGUGACGUAAAGACAAGCAUCGCUGGUGCAGCAGGCACAAUGGAAAGCAGACAAGGCCUUGCUGCCACCCCCGAACCUGCAACGUUUGUAGCGCAGCCGACUGAAGGGGGUGUAAAAAUUUCAGGAGAGCAGGCUGCGCAUUCCGCCAUCGACACUCAGUCACUUAGUGAAAAACACGCGCAGCAUUCAUUGAGCAAGGAGCGGUCUGGUCAAAAGAAAAGGAAGCAUAAAUGGUCGUCGCCUUCACGGACACAAAAAAAGAGGGGUUCAAGACAACUGUCCAAGUCUAAGAAAUCAGCCGGCAAGAAGCGCAAGUUGUCGGGGUCGGAAAGUGCUGAUGCUAAUCAGGGCAAAGAUAGUGUUGAGACCAGCCCGAAGGACAGCGCUAAAGACAGCGCUGUGGCGAGCCCUGUUAAGAUCAACUUCAAGGGAAGCCCCAAGUCAUAA